AUGCCUGACAUAGAAGAAGGAAUCGACGAAGGAGUUGAAGAAGGAGUUGAAGAAGGACAUGGAGAAGGAGCUGAUGAGGGAGAGGGAGUCGACGUUACGGCUCCGAUUGAUUCCUCGGAAGAAGAGGAGGAAACUGACGAAGAAGCAGCCAAAGAGGUACUCUUCAACAGAUUACGAAAUAUCAACCAAAUUGAUGACAUAUCUGAUGAUGAAUUGGAAUUGAUAGGAGAAAGCAGGUCUAGAAGUGAGCAAAACUUCAAACGUCUUAAGCGAGGUCGUCAUGAAAGUGAUACUGGCCAAAGAGGUCGAAGUUCCUAUUCUAAGCAAUAUUAUGAUGAUAUGAGCGAACCGGAAAAACUUUGGCAGGAGGUCUUUCAAGACCUUGAUGAAAAAUAUUCAUAUGCUUUCGACAAUCCGGAAGAUAUGGAUGUUGAACCUGCCGAAGGUUUGGAGGCAAUUUUAGACGAUGGUGCUCUUAAACGAUUAAAGAUGACCAGUGAUGAUAUACGUAUUAAGAAUACAGAUCUUCCGGAAAGAAUGCUACUUCGACCAGAUAUUGAUCAAGGUCGAAAGUUAACUGAUUUUGAAAUAGAAGAGGCUACUAAAAUGAUCUCUGAAGAUUUGGCAUAUUUUAAUGAACAACGACCUACUAAUCAAUUUAUGGUGGCCAUUAAACGUGUAUUGAAAUGUUUGGGGCAAGAAUUCUUUGAGGUCCCCUAUAUAUAUACGUAUCGCCGGGAUUACAUCGCAGAAUUUGAUGAUGAUUUUUCAAGACCACCUCAAGAAAUUCUUACACGAGCAGAUUUAUGGCAUAUUUAUGAUCUUGAAUAUAAAUACAGAUUGUUUAUUAAAAAACGUGAAGAAAUUCGAGACACUAUUAAAAAAUAUCGUAUCGAAGAUGAAUACGUUAAAACUUUUCUAUCUGAGGCAUCUUCUAUUGAGGCGCUCUCGGAUUUACAUGGAUAUAUCCACCAUCAAUAUUCUCAACAAAUUGUUGCCGCUUUAACUUCUCGCCGACAUGUGAAAAAAGUGUCAUUUUAUGAGGAAUGCAUGAGUCGAAAUCUUGACAAAUUAGUUUUCAAAAUCGGUGUUCGAGUACAAGAAUUUGGAAAAAGUUUAAAUCUUGGAAAAAAGAUUCACUAUCCUCGUGAAAUUGAAGAUGGGCCGCAGGAUGCGGCAAAAGAAUUUGCUUCAGCUUAUACUAGAAAAGCGGAAUUCACUAACUUAGACCCUGUCGAGCUUGCUCUUGCAGAUGCCGUGAAAAUGCUUUCUCAGGAUAUUGGAUUCGAUCCUUCUUUCCGAAAGUUUGUUCGUAGACGCGUUCUUGAGCAGGGUAUUAUAGUUGUAACUCCAGCACCACAUAAAGAUAUUGACAUUAAUCAUGAAUGUUGGCCUUAUAGAUACUUGAGGAAGCCGAUUAGUAAAUUUAGACAUUCAGGAUUGUUUGCUAAAAUCAUGAGAGGCGAGGAUCGCGGCAUACUCAAGGUUAAAAUUGAGCUGGAGCGUGAAUAUGAUUUCCUUGAUGUUCUUGAAAAGCAUAUAGUUGGUGAUAAUCGGGGAAAUCAAACUGGUCAAAGGUGGGAUAGAUACCGCAUUGAUGCGGUUCAUGCAGCUUAUAAUAAAGUAUUAUGCCCUAUAAUUGACAUAUGGAUUAAAGCACGACUUAAAGAUGAUGCCGAACAAUGGAUAAUGAAACAAUGCAUGCUUGGCCUCGAAUCUAAAUUAAACGUGGCCCCAAUUAAAUUUACAACAAGAGGCCGGCACCCUAUCGAAUGUGUUUGCCUUGACAGGACUGGACGGCUUUUAGAUAAUGUACGAUUCAAUGAUCUUCGAGACAAAGAGUCAAAAGAUUUUUACGAUUUUUACGUGUUUAUGCGUGACCAUAAGCCAAUUGCUAUUGUAUUACGCUCUUAUGAUAAUCGAACGGAAUAUUUGUUAGAAAAUGUUCAAGACGUGGUUGGAUAUUACAAAAAUCAUGGUGGUGAAGAAACUCCAGUAAUUGUUAUUGAUGAUGAGGUUGCCAAAAUAUAUAGACUUUCAUCUCGUGGGAGACAUGAUUAUCCAGACUCUGAAUAUAACGAAGUUGUCAGGUACUGCAUAUCUUUGGCGAGAACGAUACAGAAUCCCAUUCAAGAAUAUGCUGCGCUUGAAGAAUCAAUCACUUCUAUAAAAUGUCAUUCACUACAAAGCCUGUUGCCAAAAGAAAAAGAGCUCGAAUGUUUACAAAGGGCUUUCAUAAAUAUUGUGAAUGAAAUUGGUGUUGAUAUAAAUGACGUGAUAAAUUCUCCUUACAAAAGUGACCUACUACAAUACGUUAGUGGAUUAGGACCACGAAAAGUCGAUGCAUUGUAUAAAAGGAUUUUAAUUGAGGGCCAGACUGUUGAUAUGGACAGAAGAUAUGGCGUUGAUCUAAUAGAUGUGGCAAGAAGGGAGGAUUUGAAUAAAUUGUAUCAAUUAGGUCCAAAAGUGUACGCUAAUUGUGCCGGUUUUAUUCGAAUUCGACCAAAGCCGGCAGAUCCAUUUGAUGACACUCGUAUUCACCCUACGUAUUACAUUUUAGCACGUAAAAUGGCUGCAGAUGCUUUUGAUAUGGACGAUGAUGAAGCAGAGGAGGAAUUGCAACAACCUAAUCGUCGCGAUUUUCUUAAAAAAUUAUCAGCGGAACCAGAAAGGCUUAACGAUCUUAUCUUGGAGGAUUAUGCUAAAAGUCUUUCGAAAUAUUAUGAGUCUCCAACAAAAUUGAUUUUGCAUAAUAUCAAAAAUGAAAUGAUGAAACCUUAUGCAGAUCCUCGAGCGCCUUUUGAAAUACCUACGCCUGACAAAAUAUUUGAAAUGAUAACAGGAGAAACUGAUGAAACCUUAUACGAGGGUUUAAUCGUUUGUGUGAAGAUUUAUAAGAUUGAUGACAAAGCACUCAAAUGUCAGCUUGAUUCAGGGUUAGAUGGCACAAUUACUAUUGGUUAUGUCGCAGAUCACAGAAUAGAGUCGCAGGAAUUGCGAUCAAGAUUUCAUGUGGAUCAACAAAUUCUUGCAAAAGUUUUGUCCAUUGACAAAAUAAAAUUCUCUGUCACUUUAAGUUGCCGUCCGCGGGAUGUGAAUGGGAAGCAAACUUUUCAAUCCCAACGUUCAGUAGAUUCCGAUUACGAUUAUGAUGCAGAGGCAAGGGAACAAACUUCGAAACAAACAAAACCAAGGAAUGUAAUUACUCCUAAACUUCAUACACGUAUGAUACCACAUCCAAUGUUCAAGCCGUUUACUUAUGCAGAAGCACAAGAUUAUCUUAGUGAUAAGCAACCUGGUUCGUUGGUAAUUCGGCCGUCAUCCAAAGGUUAUGAUUAUAUAAGUAUUACUUGGAAACUAUACGACAAUAUUUAUCAGCAUAUUGAUGUUGUUGAAAAAGAUAAAAGUGGGGUCGUAAUUGGACGUAGACUUGAAGUUGAAAAUGGAAAAUAUGUCUAUUCUGAUUUAGAUGAACUAAUCGUAGACUAUGUAGAAGCCAAAGCUCAGAAAGUUGAAGCUUUAGUAAAUCACCCGAAAUUCAAGGAUUCGGAGAAAUCACUAAAUGAAUUUCUUGACAUAUCUUUAACCUUUAAUCCAAAACAAUCUGAAUAUGGAUUCUGUCUUGAUACUAAGACUCCUGGCUGGUUCUUAUUUAUGUUCAAAUUCAAGCCAGGAACUCAAAUUGAUAACUGGACUGGAUCUAUUAGGCCAGAUGGAUACAAAUUAAAAGACCAGAUUUAUCCUACUGUCAUAGAUUUGAUCAAUGGGUUUAAACGAAAUGUAUCAAAGAAUUCUAGUUCUCAAGCUUAUAUGAGGAGAUGA